GCUACACUUGAACAAGUUAUAGAUAAUAUAAAACCAUAUAGCUCAAAAAAGGAUGUUAAGAUUGUUCAGUUUAAUCAAUUAUCAACUCUCGAUAUAGAUGAAAUUGGUUCAGAAGAAGAGGAUAAUGAUUAUAAAGAAAUUGAUGAAUUUACAAUAAAAGAUUUGUUAGAAAGAAUUGUUAAUGCAUUAAAACCAUUUGAACUUGCAACAAAAUUCUUUUCAGGAAGCAAAUAUCUUACUCUUUCGCUAAUAUAUUUCAUUAUUUAUGAAUUACAAAAUAAAUUUAUGAAUUUUAGUUUAGAAUUAAGUGAUAAUAAUGAAAAUAGCGAUAAUAAGGAUGUAAGCUUUGUUGACCCCUGGACCAAAAAAAUAUCUGCAUUUACAAAUAGAGAAUAUGAAAAAGCUGAAACAAAAUUAAAAAAUGAAUAUAAGAAUUUACAGCACCUUAAUAUUACUAGCAAUGAUCAACCAAAACAACAAAUAUCAAUACCAAUAAUUACUAAAAUAAUGCAAAAUCUAUUUUUUGAAGGUAUUUUUGAAGUACAAGUUCAAGAAGAUAUGCCUUUAGAUGAAGUGGCACAAUAUCUAAAAAUUGCCCCUAUUAAUUAUAAUUCCAAUUCUUGGCAAUAG